AUGCCAGGCUGCGGUAACCGUCUUAAUGGUUUUACCCUGUUCGUGGGAAACUCCUCCCGGAAUUACACAGUGUGUUACCAGGACACCACCACGGCUCAUUACGGUCCAGGGGACGUUAUUGAUGGAUCUUGUAACACCAGCAGCCCGAUAUUAGGAGACACCGUGAAGAUUAUGAUCAACAAUUUCAAGCCACUCACUCUGUGUGAAGUACAGAUAUUCGUGUGCACACCCGGGACAUACGGACUAGACUGUGGGGAGAGAUGUGGGAACUGUGCUGAGGAACCGUCUGUCUGUGACACAACAUCCGGGCACUGUCCACAGAGAACACCAAGGUGCAUGCUGGGAUACCGCACUGAGAAAUGUGAUGAAGUGUGCACACCUGGGACAUACGGACUAGACUGUGGGAAGAGAUGUGGGAACUGUGCUGAGGGCCCGUCUGUCUGUGACACAACAUCCGGGCACUGUCCACAGAGAACACCAAGGUGCAUGCUGGGAUACCGCACUGAGAAAUGUGAUGAAGAAGCAAAAGCGUCUGCAGAAGGUGGUGUUAACCCUGCCUACAUAGGCGGUGGUGUGGCUGCAGCUGUUGUUUUAAUCAUCAUAGUGGCAGUUGUUGUCAUUAUCAUAUUUAGGAGACGGCGUAAAGCGCACUGUAAAUAUGAUGACCGGGAAGAAAUAGAAGUGGACAGGCAGCCACAGAAUAACAUAGCGUUUCAGGAAGACAGCGACGAUCAGGAAGACGACCCACAGGGUGAUGUUAAUCCAUACGUUAACGCAGACGUCGUCCCGACUGAAGUGUCUGUCAGCGAAUUCCCAGACUACGGUGCGAGGAAGAAAGCAGCGAAAGGCUUCAAGAAAGAAUUCGAAAAAUUCCCCACUGGUUUGCACGCGAAGCAUGACGCGGCUGACAAACCCGAGAAUAAAGCGAAAAGCCGCUAUCGAAGCCUCGUGGCAUACGACCAUUCCAGGGUGUUGUUAUCUGUGACAGACGGCCAGGCUACUGACUACAUCAAUGCCUGCUACAUAAAUGGUUACAACGAACCGAAGAAAUACAUCGCAUCUCAAGGUCCUAAUGACGUCAUCCUUCACGAUUUUCUGCGCAUGAUCUGGGAACAGAAGUCUGGAAAAAUUAUCAUGGUGACCAACUUAAUGGAGACAACAAAGACCAAGUGCUGCCAAUACUGGCCUGACGAAGGAUCGGAGAGUUUUGGCCUGAUUACUGUGACACUACUGAAUGAGGAGUUUUACGGGGAGUUUACCGUGAGAACUCUGCUACUGACUCACAACCAGACAAAGACGGAGAGCCACACGGUCAAGCAGUUCCACUUUACGGCCUGGCCUGAUCACGGAGCCCCUGCUCAACCUACUGGGUUACUGGAUUUUCGGGACAAAGUUAACGCUUAUCAGACGCAGCUUAACGGACCAAUCGUCGUGCACUGCAGCGCUGGUGUGGGUCGCACGGGAACAUACAUAGCUCUGGAUUAUCUGAUCUCCCAGGCUCAAGACGAGGGGGUGGUGGAUGUGCCGGCCUGUGUGAGACAGCUCCGGGAACAGCGAGUUAACAUGGUCCAGGCAUUGGUAAAUAUGGCAUUUUACAAACCCCGGUCCCCGAUGGCAGACCAAUCUAGACUGCUUCAGAUGAGGUUCUCCACCUGA